AUGUAUAUAUUAGAAUGCAACUAUUGCACAGGUUUCUUGAUAUGAUAGUGCAACAGAUAUCUAUAAUAUAUACCACAGCAAAUGUGCAAAUCGUUUAGUUAUAAAUACCUGUAUGAUUUCACGAGUAACCUUUGGACUUCCACUCGUAAUCAGAACUAAUUUUGAUAUACUCUAACAGUGUGCCAUACAUAUUUCAACAUGUUUACACAAAAAUUUGUAACUUAUGGUUUAAGAACGGGCUCAUAUACAAAAUUGGUAAAAGCACUGUACAGUAAAUCCAUACAGCAUGAAGUUAAGGAAGUGGAAAUUCCAGUGCCUUGGGGCAAGGUGGCUGGUAAGUUAUGGGGAUCGCAAGACAAACAACCUAUUCUUGCUAUGCACGGCUGGCAAGAUAAUGCUGCAUCAUUUGAUAACAUAGCACCCCUUAUUAUGAAACAUACACCAGUUCUGGCGAUUGACUUACCUGGACACGGACUAUCUUCAUGGAUACCACCAGGAUUUAUGUACGACGAAUUAAUUUACCUAUUGUUAAUGAAAAGAAUUAAAAACCAUUUUGGAUGGGAAAAAAUAAAAGUGCUGGGACAUUCCUUGAGUGCUAUGACGACGUAUUGGUAUGGGGCAUGUUUCCCAAAAGAGCUGCAAUAUGUUAUAGCUUUAGAUGUAUUCAAAUUUGUAUCUAUGGAUCCAAUUGCACAUAUAACUUUGUUUGCAAAUGCACUCAAGGCAUUUUUUAAAGUGGAAAAAAGUACUGUUCAACCUAGUUAUAAGACGCAAAGUGAGAUUAUAGAGAAGGCAAGGAAAGGUUUCCUAGUUUUGGAUGAUGCAUCAUAUAAAAUACUUAUGACUAGAGGUACCACGCGUAAAGAAGAUGGAACAUAUGUUAUUAACAGGGAUCCCAGAUUGCGAGCUGCACCCAUCCACAGUGUAUUUUCGCAAGAUCAACUAGAAGCAUAUACGAAUCUCAUUAAGUGUCCAUAUUUAAUAAUAAAAGGAGAUGAGAAUUUCUAUGCUGAGGAGAAGGAAAAUUUUUAUAGAGCACUAGAGAUACUGAAAGCUGCUAAUGAUAAAGUACAAUUCGAGGCUAUAUCAGCAACACAUCAUCUUCAUCUUACACAUGCGGAAAGUACGGCAGCGAUUAUUAUUCCCUUUUUAGAAAAGUAUGAUUGAUUAUUAGUCUGAAUAGUUAUUAUUGUACUACCUAAUAUAAUAUCA